GUUUUUUCUUGUGACUUUAGUCUGUUUCGUUAUGUUUUGAGCGUGCAAGAUAAACCCACCUUUCCUAUGUGAUGGGUGUUACUGGCAUAUGGCUCAUCAUGCAUAUUAAUUAUCUAAAGAGGAAGUAAUUGUGUAUGUUAACCAGCCUGAUAUCCAUCUUCUGCUCAUUGGCGACAGAGGAAAGGCAUCUUUGAACAUAUCGUUCCUCCUUCACUUCUCACAGAGAUGAGAGGAGCAGCUAUGAGUUUAACUGCAGCAGCCAGUGGAUUAGUUGUCUUCCUGCUCUCUGUGUCAGUGGUUCCGGGUCAGAAUGACUGGGGAGUGGCUUGCACUUCUACUGAGAUCUGUGCAGUGAAAGGAUCAACAGUGGAGAUAAACUGCACCUAUACAUACCCGUCUACAUGGGAUGAUGGUGAAAACACAGUUGAGAAAACAUUCUGGUUUACUAAACAGAAAGGUGGUGAACGUGUAGAUCUGACCACAGUCUCAGAGUAUGCAGGUCGUGUAGAGGAUCUCUGUGAAAACAACACCUGCACUCUGAGAAUCAGAAACCUGACAGAGAGCGACUCAGCUGAGUACUGGUUCAGGAUCAUAACAACCCGAGAUACAUACUGGGGUCCUCCAGUCACUUUGUCCGUCACAGAUCUCCAGGUGGAGAUGAGCAGAUCAGGAUCUUCUGCUCUCCUUCAGUGUCUCAGCAGUUGUCCACCUGGUCAUACUUCCUACAUCUGGUUUAAGAACAGACAGGAAGUGAAGGAAGACACAUCUUCUUAUGCAGACUUCAGUUAUGAUUCAGCAGACAGUUAUUCCUGUGCUUUGAAGGGAUAUGAGGACUUCCCCUCUCCUUCAGUGUACCGUCCAAAGCCUCCCUCUGCUGAGAUAGAGGAGGGCAGUUCAGUGACUCUGACCUGUAGCAAUGAUGAAAACCCAACAGCUAACUACACCUGGUACAAGGAGGAUGGAUCUUCUUACCUUCCUCCUCUCAAUGAGAAACCACGUCUUAUCUUCAGCUCCAUCCAGUCCUCUGACUCUGGACAGUAUUACUGUACAGCUGAGAAUCUGCUUGGGAGUACAAGAUCUGAAUCCAUCUUUAUUGAUGUUAAAUAUGGUCCAAAGCUCCCCUCUGUGUCAGUGAGUCCCUCUGCUGAGAUAAAGGAGGGCAGUUCAGUGACUCUGACCUGUAGCAGUGAUGCUAACCCAGCAGCUAACUAUAUCUGGUACAAGGAGAACCAAACAGUGUUUCAGGGAGCAGAAGGAAGUUAUCAUUUCACCUCCAUCAGCUCUGAGGACAGAGGGAUCUACUACUGCAAGUCUGAGAAUCAAUAUGGAGGGAUCAAGUCUUCUUCUCUCUCUAUAGAUGUCCAGUAUGCUCCAAAGCCUCCCUCUGUGUCAGUGAGUCCCUCUGCUGAGAUAGAGGAGGGCAGUUCAGUGACUCUGACCUGUAGCAGUGAUGCUAACCCAGCAGCUAACUACACCUGGUACAAGAAGAAUGUAUCUUCUUACCUUCCUCCUCCUUUCAGUGAUAAACCACGUCUCGUCCUCAGCUCCAUCCAGUCCUCUGACUCUGGACAGUAUUACUGCAGAGCUGAGAAUCUGGUUGGGAGUAGAACAACUGAUCCCAUCUUCAUUGAUGUGAAAUCUAACUACACCUGGUACAAGGAGGAUGAAUACUCUCCAAAAGCUUCAGGACAGAUCUUCACCAUCACUGGCUUCAGAGCUGAUCACAGUGGGAAGUAUUCCUGUGAAGCCCAGAACAAGAUAGGACGUCGUAACUCCACCUUACAUCAGAUUGUUGUGAAAGGAUCAUGGAAGCUACUACCUUUGGUAACAAUCCCAGUUGUUCUCCUGGCUGUCAUUUCUCUCUCUGUCUUCCUGUGGAUCAGAAAAAAGAGGGCUUCCAGAGACUCGUCUGAGCUCGAGCAGAGCCCAGGCAACAGGGAAGAGCCUCUACCGGAUCAGGGACAGCCGGAGCAGCAGGAUGACCUUCAGUAUGCCAGCGUUCACUUCUCCAACAACCGAGCAGAACCUCUUUACUCCAACAUGAGAGCAGGUCAACACCUCGGACACACGGAGCAAAAGGAAGCAACGGAGUACGCUGCCGUCAACUUCAAAAGUCGUGCCCCGAGGACCAGACCAGAGGAUCCAGCUGAAUUGUACAGCGUGAUCACCAAAAUCCACUGA